AUUCGGUGUGUGCACAUUGGUUGUCCCGUUGGUGCUUGUUCCUGCUAUGAUGUUGUGUGAAUGAGUAGCUGCUUUUAUGGUGAUGUAAACACACAUAAUUCUUGGAAAAGAUGGAUUCUACUUCCAACAACUCUCCCUUUUGCUUAAAAUGGCCUUGGGAUGUUCAUAACCGAAACCCAAAGAACCCUUUGCCUUGUACCUUUGAAACUCCUUGGCUAUUCAAACCAUUCAAGAAUCUUGGCUCUGGAGUGUUUAAUUUCAUCCAAAAUAUCUCAAAACCUGAACCUUUAUCACCCGAAUUUAAUUUCCAGUCGAAUGGUGGAGUCAACCAAAAUAAUACCUUGAAGUUGGUGAAGAAGAAAUUGACUCCUGCAGAGCAAGCGGAGCUCGAGCAGAGUGCAUUAGCGUGUGCCUUGGCCAGUGAAAAAGAGGGUACUGUAAUUGAAUUUUACUCCCCAAAGUGCCGGCUCUGCAAUUUGUUGGUUAAUUUCGUUACUGAAGUUGAGAACAGGAACUCUGACUGGCUCAACAUUGUUAUGGCUGAUGCAGAGAAUGACCAAUGGUUGCCUGAGCUUCUCCAUUAUGACAUUAAGUAUGUUCCUUGCUUUGUUCUUCUGGACAAAUACGGGAGGGCACUUGCAAAGACGGGUGUUCCAAGUAGCCGACUGCAUGUUGUGGCUGGUGUUUCUCAUCUCCUCAAAAUGAGACGUCCACAACACAAAUAGUUCAUCUUUAGUUGAUGCAGCAGCAGGUGAGAUUGUUGGCUUGUUGCGGUGAGUUGCAUGUAACGGCUUUUAGUUGUACGUAUCGACAGGAUUGAGCUAGUAAUAUAGUACUUAGUAGUUA